GUCGACUUGUCUCAGUUAGGCGAACACACUUACGCUAGGGAACAUUUUCAUUGGCGAUAGAAGGGAAAAUACAUAACGCAAACAGUAAAAACAUACAGAGCGGUGAAACUAGUUAACCGGGUUAAAUUCAGUCAGUCUUGCUAAAAUUUGUUAAGGAUAGCAACGAUGGCCAGCUGCGAAGUCCAAGAGACUCGAUCCCAGGACGAGUUGAAGAAGACUGAGAACACCAAAAACGUUAAGAAUUCGGAGGAACGGGGGCCAUUAAAUUUUAAAUCUAAUAACGAUAUGGAUGCGGUGGCUACUCCCUCAUCGGAGACUGAUCUGCGUUCUUCGCGCGGUUCGGUGACCAAGAUGACUAGGAUUCCGGCUCCCAUUUAUAUGGGUCCUAGUGGUAGCCAUCAUCAGAUUAGCAGCCGAAUGUACAGCUCAGUGCUGGUUCCAGAUCCCAAAGUACACAACUCCUUGGAGGACCAUCAGCUGACCAACGACUCUGGCAUCCAGAUGGAGUCCUCGAUGUCCGAGUUGCCCGAGACCCCAUUGUCGGUCAGACCCAGUCCCAUACUGCAGACGAUUCUCGACAGGAUUCCGGGCACUAGCAGUGAAAUAGAACUUCGACGGGCUGAGGAGCAGACUCUCAAGGAACUUCAACGAGUCGUUGCCGAAAUGGAGGCCGAAGUGGCCCUAGAUGAUAUGGAUAUGCAGGAUCUGCAGCUCGAUAAUGACCAAUACCAGGUCGAACCGGGGGAAGAAAACCACAACAUAACCCCAGAGGUCGGAAAUAUCCCCGAGAAGUCUGGCCUGGAUAUGGAACAGCUUUCUGCUGAUGAAACCCAGCAGAAACAACCCAGCGUUUCUGAAGAACCACCGACUAAUGAAGAACUAUCAGUGGACAAUCUACAGCUGAAGCAAGAAGAAUGUGCGGCGAAAGAAGAAUCUGUGACUGAGGAAGCUGCAAAAGGGGAAGAGCUGGAACUUUUUGAGAAACUGGCCCAUGAGCCAGCCCCUGAUGAUCCGCAGAUAGUUCUCCAAGAGCCCACCGAGGAAUCAGUGGUCCAAGAACCUGAAAAGUCUGUACCCGAAUCCCUAAUGGACGAGCUUGAAAUGGCGAUUGGUGGGGGUUGCGAAACCGAAGAGGACCGACUUCUCAGGGAGCAAUUCGAGAGAAGCCCAAUGGGUUUGAAAUUUCCGCGCCCAGCGGAUGAGAACAUGUCCACCAUUUCGGAGAUGGGACUGACCUCCCGUCCCUCGCUAGAUGGAUCGGUGGAGAGCGAUCGCCGGAUGGUUCCCUUGGAGGAACUGUUCGAUCCCGAGCACAAUGUGGAGCUACUGCGUCAGCUCUUGCAGUCUGGAUCCCAAGAGAACGUCACCGAGGCAGAGCCAGUCCUAGACGAUAGUGAAAUUGUGAAGGAGAAGGAAACGGAGGCGGCGGAAACAGAUGAGGAAGCGGAAAUGGAAACCGAAACCGAGUUUGAGGAGGAAACCGAUUUGGCCGACAAGCAGACUAGCAAGUCAUUCAGUUACUAUCGACGCCUUGUCAGUCGCAAACUCCUGAAGCUCAGCUAUCCCAUACUAUUCUGCAGCCUGGCUAUCAGUCUGAUCUACCUAUCUCGCAAGGAGUAGGCCACCGUUUUGAAAAUUGAAAUUAGAAUUUAAACAAAUGACCAGAAACAACCGAUUUGACUCCGGCUGAUAUGUACAUAUCGUGCAACGCUGUUCAAAAUCGCCCAACGCAUUGGCACUGAGUGCCUGAAAUUAAAUCUAUUUUCCAAAUAAAUAUGCUCAUAUAAAGCAAUUUUACACCGUUUCAA